UUUUUGGGGGGGCGUAAAGGCGGGAGGCUGUGCUGCGCCCACUCUCCUGACUGUCGAGCGUGUUACCUCAGGAACAUGGUGUAGGGACGCUGGAAGCAGGAUAACCUGAAAUUCAAAUCCAAGAGACGCCAGCCUGAAGACCAUGGUCUCGAAGCUGAGUCAUCUUCAAGUGGAGCUGCUGGGAGCGCUGCUGGAGUCGGGGCUAACCAAGGAGACCCUGAUCAAGGCGCUGAGCGAAGGGGAACCCUACGCGCUCCAGAGCGAAAGUCAGCGCGCUAUCAAUGCCCUCCAGACGGAGAAAGGGGAACCCUGUCCUGACAUCCCCAACCUCUCCAACGGAAUGGGGGAGUCCAGGUUAUCGGAAGAUGAAACCUCUGAUGAUGGGGAGGAAUUCACCCCUCCAAUAAUGAAGGAGCUGGAAAACUUGAGCCCCGAGGAGGCUGCUCACCAGAAGGCUGUGGUGGAAAGACUAUUACAAGAGGAUCCCUGGCAAGUAGCAAAGAUGGUGAAAUCCUACCUCCAGCAGCACAACAUCCCUCAGCGUGAAGUGGUGGACACUACUGGUCUGAACCAAUCUCACCUCUCACAACACCUCAACAAGGGCACUCCCAUGAAGACCCAAAAAAGGGCAGCCCUCUACAGCUGGUAUGUCCGCAAGCAGCGAGAGGUGGCCCAGCAAUUCACACACGCUGGCCAGGGUAUCCUGACAGAGGAGCCCAUGGGAGAUGACCUGCCCACCAAGAAGGGAAGAAGAAACCGCUUUAAGUGGGGUCCUGCCUCACAGCAGAUCCUGUUCCAAGCCUAUGAGAGACAGAAAAACCCCAGCAAAGAAGAGAGAGAGGCACUGGUGGAAGAGUGCAACAGAGCAGAGUGUAUUCAGAGAGGCGUUUCCCCAUCUCAGGCCCAGGGACUGGGCUCAAACCUGGUGACAGAGGUCAGAGUUUACAACUGGUUUGCCAAUCGCAGGAAGGAGGAGGCUUUCCGGCACAAGCUGGCCAUGGACACCUUCAGCGGACCGCAGCCCAGCUCUGCUCCUUCUCUAACUCCUCACAACUCUUCCUCCCUCCAGCCACCAUCUGCUGCUCUCUCACCCAGCAAAGUUCACGGAGUGAGGUACAACCAGCAGCCAGCCAGCGAGGCAGAGUCCUCCAGCAGCAGCCACCAUGGGAACAGCUCCAUGGUGACCACCCAAACCAUCCUGCAUCAGGUCUCUCCCCCUGGACUGGAGCCCAGCCAGAACCUACUGAGCACAGACACUAAGCUGGUCUCGGCUCCUGGAGGAACUCUCCCUCCUGUCAGCACCCUGACUGCCCUGCACAGCCUAGAGCAAAAUCCACAUGCGCUGAGCCAGCAAACUCAGAACCUUAUCAUGGCAUCACUGCCGGGUGUAAUGGCAAUUGGAGCUGGGGAGACCUCAUCCCUAGCACCAGCAUUCACCAACACAGGUGCCUCCACCCUGGUGAUAGGCCUGGCCUCAACCCAGCCCCAGAGCGUACCUGUAAUAAACAGCAUGGGGAGCAGCCUCACUACCCUGCAGCCCGUCCAGUUCUCCCAGCAAUUGCACCCAUCCUACCAGCAGCCCCUCAUGCAGCAGGUCCAGAGCCACAUCAACCAGAGCCCCUUCAUGGCUACCAUGGCCCAGAUACAGAAUUCUCACGCUCUCUACGGCCCCAAGUCGGAAGUGGCCCAAUACACACAUACAGGCCUCUUACCACAAACCAUGGUGAUAACAGAUACAGCCAAUCUCAGCGCCCUGACUAACCUGACACCAACUAAACAGGCAUUCACAUCUGACUCAGAGACCCAUACAGAGUCUGGGAUGCACACACCAGUGUCACAGGCACCAACAAUACAUUUACAGAACCAAGACACAACGGUCCAGCACCUUCAGCCAGGCCCUCGCCUCACCUCAAGCCCUGCUGUGUCCUCCAGCAGCCUGGUGCUGUACCAAAGCUCUGACUCGGCCAACAGCCACAGUCAGCUGCUGCCAUCCACUCACAACGUCAUCGAGACCUUCAUCUCCACGCAGAUGGCAUCCUCCACUCAGUAAUCAAGACAACCAGCUCAAGCGUGGCUGCCACGACCAACCUGUCAGGUGCAACUCCAACUGUGCCAUCAGUGUCACUGCUGCCUGCCUUGGGAAGGAAAGGCUGUGGUGCUCAGCCAACUUCCAGCUCCUACUGUCUCAUACAAAUCCCUUACUCAGCUGCCUCCAUGAGAGAUAUCAUCUCAGGCUCAAGACAGAAGCCAUGGAAAGAUGAUGCUGGCACUGCUAAAAUCCACUGCCCACCCCCAAAAACAAGCAAACCUAAACCCCAUGAGCCAGCCUAGAAUGACCAAAUGUCCUUUUGUGGCUGUCCAAGAAGGAAUCCCAUCAAGACAGGGAUCUGAAUGCAAUAUGGCAAAAAUGCCAGGGCAUGGAUGGGACUUUCAUUCUGCUCAGCCUUCAUCAAGCUAGGCCUGUACAAAGCUCCACCACCAGACUAAGCCCUGCAGGAAAGAGCAAAGCUGAGCUGCCCAAGAAGGGACACUAUCUUUGAAACACUCAUGUCCUUUGCUGUAAGGAAGCACCAGCAGGAACUAUGAGAAAUAACAGUAUCUUGGAGG